AUGGUCGACGCAAGCGACAUGGAGGACAGAGUUCCAACGAAGCCCUUUGUAGGAUUUGGUGUCGGAACCCACAAUUCCCUCGAGGAACUUGCUAUGGAGUUGCAAGAGCUGCGUCGCGGCGAUACAGGCCGAAGAUCUAACUCCGGUAGCAAAGAGUGGUCCAUCCCGCUCCGUGGAGAUUCCAAAAAUACAUUGCGUGUGGGCAUUCCUCUGAAGCAGCCGCUGAGCAUCGCAGACGCAAUGCCCGCCUUCAAGAGUAAUCGCCUGAGCCUAGCUCAACCGACCAGCAUCCGGCCACCGAUCGAGACGUUUGACAGCUCGGCGCCUGUUGCACCUUCUACCGCCUCCACCCCACUUCAGUUGUCCCUAGCCUACCAAGAUUGGCCGACUCCAGCACAUCGGUCGCCUUUCUUCCAGACCUCUUUCUACAUGGCACCACCUCCACUUCUGCUGUCACAACCGAAGGCGAAUAUAACCCAGCCUUCUAAGACACGCGCUGUGGCAGGCGCGCACGUAGAGAAGCCAGGGAGCCUACGUGCUUCAACUCGAGGCAACCCACGCGCACCUUCUUCUUUCUCUCAAGCCCACCUCGCAUACCUAAAGGCGCACUCUCCUACUUGGGCUCUUCCGGCUCGAGCUACGAGUGGAGUAGACCAAGAGCUCGAGAGCAAUUGCACGCCUCCAAAUGUCAAUAUCACAUUGUGCAAAAUGCCCCUUAGUGUGGAGGAGAUAUUGACGUACUUUCCAUUGCACCUGAAGUGGUAUUCUAUCGCUGCUCGCUUGCAUAGUCAUGGGUGGGCUGCGAUGGCUAUCUGCUACUACAUCUACUGGUCUCGUGAGUUGGAACAGAAGUUGACCUUGGAGCGCACGCGAGUCCAACACAUGCUUGGCCGCGCACUCGAACACUACAAAGAGAUGGACCUUGCGCUUCUUGACCCGAACGCGAUAUCGGCCAAUCCGUCGCAGAUGAAGAGCACGGCCACAGCUGCUCUUGCGCCGACUAGAUUCCACGACUACUAUCUCGCUGAUCUGGCUGAGGGGGUCAAGCAUCAUCCUGAGGGUCGCGGCCGCCAGGGCUUAACGCAUGCCAUCGAGCAUGCUCGUGCGAAUGGGAACGACACUGUGCUUCUCAGUCAGGCGCAUGAUUAUGUUGUGAAACACAAUUUGCUCGACGUUACAGCCGAGUAUGAUUGCAAUGCCGAAGACCGUCUUGCCCAUCCGCGCGUCUACACAAAGACGAGUGCGUACUUCAACAAACUUGUCGAUGUUUCAGGCGCAUCUAGUGGGGAGCCUAAGACCAAAGACAUCAAGGUGGAGGUCAUUGACCUUACGGGAACGGAUGAAGACGACGAACUGAACGCGGAGACAAGCGAGGAAAUACAUGCCAACGAAAAGCUCCCAAAGCUCAGCAAUUCCGAAAAAGCAGGCAGCAGCGUUAAGGUUGAUGCUGAGACGGGCAAGGGGCAACGACAAGUAUGA